AUGUUGAGGAGAACUGUCUCUCAGCCGAUUGGACUUGAUCGGGUUGACCAGCUUGGCAGCUGCAUGUCCUACACGUCCAUGCAGAAUCUGACAGCAGUUUUUGCCAGAAGCAGGUCAAGUCUUAUGCUGGACAAUGAUUGCACACCAAUCUUCUAUGGGCAAGAAAGUCAACAGUGGGAAAAUGAAGAACUUGGAUGGCAAGCCAUUACAAGGUGCAGGGCUCUAGGAUAUGAAGGACCAGAUCAUGAUGAGAUAAAGGUUUCAGAGGAGUGUAAUGAAGUGUACAUUGCGGAGGAGGAGGAGGUGUGGAACUCCUCUGACUUGAGUCUGGAGGAGAAAAGAGACAUUGUGGAGCUACUACACUGUAAAAACCGCUUUAUGAAAAGAAAUGCCGAUCUGCAGAAAGCUCUUGAUGCAUGUGAGGACUCAAACACUCACCUUGAAAUGGAGAACUCUGCUUUGAAGAGCCAGGUCAAAAGUAUGAAGCAGUCCAUUCAGGAUGCUGAGCAGUUGAUGGAGGAGAUGGAUGUUAUUAGGGGGGCGCUUGCUGACAGUGAGGCGGCCAGUAGUAACCUCAAGGCCUGCAUAAGCAAACUGGAAAAAGAAAAUAAGGCCCUAAUCAAUCAGAUUGAAACAGUCGCCAAUGAGAUGUCUAAACUUUUGCCUGAGAGGGAAUCAGACAAGGAGAAAAUAACAAAUCUGACUCAGCACAUCAAGGCAUUGCAGCAACAGCUGGAGGAAACAAGAAUGCUGCUGGAUGAGAAAACUGCCGUUAUUAACAGUAAAGACAUGUUGGUCAACCAACUAAAAGCUUCCUUAGAGGAGUUUGCUACCAUGGAACAGACCCUGAAGAGGGCUGUGAAAGACCUGGAAGGCCAGUUGGAACUAGCACGAGUUACUGCAGGAGGAAGUUUCCUGAAUUCAAAAGGUCUGGUCUUAGCUACAACUGACAACUGUUUCUCUCUAGCAGAGGAACUGGGGUUGAUGCCAGGACAUCCAGUGAGUUUUCAGAACCCAGUUCUUACCUGUUCCUGUUCCAUGGUCCUCAAACAUGAGUCUGAUGAUGAGGUGGAAGUAGAUGAACCUGCCAUGGUUGAGGAAGAAAAACCCAUAACGGUUGAGGAAGAGAAAGUUUUAAAGGUUGAAAAGAUUCUGCAGGUACCAGAUGAACCCAUAAGGUUUGAGGAAGAGAUUCGGCAGGUACCACAGGCAAUUAUAGAGGACCAGAAAGAAGUGCACAGAGAGGUCAGCCUUGAGAAUGACAUAGAGGAAGUCAAGUAUGAGCAGGUGGACAGGAAAGUUGGUCAAGAGAUGCAAGAGGUCACCAAAUCUUUGGAUGAGGAAGGUGUUGAACAGGCUGAAACUGUGGAGGAAGAGCAGAUAGGAUUUUGUGUAGCAGAGCAGGAAGAUACACCACAGCAUCCAAGUGUCCACUGGCUGGGCGAGGCGUACCACAGCUUCAGAAGAGGAGUCCUAACCGCCAGUGCAUUCAGCUUGGGUGUUGUGCUGCCUCUGAGUGUCGUCAGUGCCGCUCUGCCACCCUACCACAGUGGAUCUGGCUUGGGCUGCUCAGACUUUUUUUGGAGCACAGCUCGCCAAGUCCUGGGGCCUUACUGCACUGUCCAGAACAUUGACAUGCCACCGUCUUAAAACGAGCUUGUGGCACAUUACUUAGAAAAAGGAAAACAGAAGCUGUAACAGGAUAUUGGCACCCACGUUUCCCCCUUAAACAAAUGGUACAGGUUGCAAUUGUGCAUAUCAUAAUUUCAUUUCUAGUCUGUUGGGUGUUUAAUUUCAAUUCAAGUUUUUUUUUUUUUUUUUUUGGGGGGGGGGGGGGGGGGGGUAAUUUGAAUUUUAGUUUUUCCAUAUUUUGAUAUGCUUCAUACAAGUGUUCCAGUGCCUACAUUUGCUAUGUUGUUGCAUUAGGAUUAGGUAACCCUAGAGUAACAUUUGAAAGAGACUAGGCUGUUCAGGCACAUAAUAACCAUAACCAGUAACCAAGUAUUUCAUUGGUGGGUGUAAUAAAUGAAAACUGCAGCACUA